GGCUCCGCAGUCACAGGACACAGAUGAAUUCGUUGAGCGCAAAUGAAACAAAGAAGAAAAACGUCAAAAUGUAAAAUGGGACAAAGGUCCUUCCAGAUGGCACAAUGUGACGGGUGUAGAGGAGGCGGCGGUGAGAUUUCCUCAAGUUCUUUCGCAGCAUCUUCUGCACAUCCACUGUACCAUAUGGGGUCACCAACGGAAAUGAUUGUCCACGGUGCGCGCACGGUCGCUGGACUGUGAAACUCGCGGGCAGAGAGUAGCCCGUGGGGCCAGUUGGAGAAGAAGGAAAAACCCCGUCUGGCCGUGCAGAACACAACCAAAGAGAGAAACGUUUUAUGGACAGGAAAUACAGUCGUCGGCAGCGCACACUCUUGCGUUAUUGCGCACAGCUGGAACGGGGCAGCAGAGCGCGCAACAAAAGAAGGGUACACAUAUGCACGAGGACUUCAUUUAGCGAAUGACAGUUAGGAGGAAAUACUUUUGCAACCAAUGUGUUUUUGACAGAUGAUGAAGUGUCUUUUGUAAAGCAAUGGUUGGGCCGUUAUUUCCAAGAGACGUUGGUGUGUCCAUUUCUCAGCUCUAGCACCAUCAGUGUUUGUGCUUGUAGUUGAGCAGCACUUUUUCCUUGCACAUAUUGCUUUAUCACACAAUAACUCCUUACACACACAAUUCUACCUCAAAACAUUAAAAUGGAGGACACGGUUGACUCAGGACGAAGUUCAAGCGGCUCCAGCACGCCGGACGGCGAGAAGAACAGCCACCUCAGCGUGCUGAACUGGGAACAAGUGCAGCGACUAGACUCCAUCCUCACCGAGUGCAUCCCUAUCCACGGGCGAUGGAACUUCCCAACGCUGGAAAUGAGGCCGCGGGACAUAGUCAACGCCGUUCGCAGCCGUAUGGAGGAACAGAAGAUCCCCGUCCAAGAGGUGCGGCUCAACGGAUCGGCUGCUAGCCAUGUUCUGCACGAGGACAGUGGUUUGGGGUACAAGGACCUGGACCUCAUAUUCUGCGCGAACCUUAAGGAGGAGGCAGACUUCCAGACUGUAAAGAACAUAGUUUUGGAUUGCCUUCUGGACUUUUUACCUGAGGGCGUGAACAAGGACAAGAUAACGCCGCUUACGCUGAAGGAGGCCUAUGUGCAGAAGAUGGUGAAGGUGUGCACCGAGUCGGACCACUGGAGCCUGAUCUCGCUCUCCAACAACCACGGCAAGAACGUGGAGCUGAAGUUCGUGGGCUCGCUGCGGCGGCAGUUCGAGUUCAGCGUGGACUCCUUCCAGAUCCGCCUGGACUCGCUGCUGCUCUUCUACGAGUGCUCCGAGAACCCCAUGGCGGCCACCUUCCACCCCACCAUCGUGGGCGAGAGCGUGUACGGGCCCUUCGCGCUGGCCCUGGAGCACCUGCGCCGGCGCCUCAUCUGCACGCGCAACCCCGAGGAGAUCCGCGGCGGCGGCCUGCUCAAGUACUGCCACCUGCUGGCCAGGGGCUUCCGCGCGGCCUCGCCGGCCGACAUGCGCAGCCUGGAGCGCUACAUGUGCUCGCGCUUCUUUAUCGACUUCCCCGACGUGGGCGAGCAGCGACGCAAGCUGGAGUCCUACCUGCAGAGCCACUUCGUGGGCCGCGAGGAGCGCAAGUACGAGUACCUGAGCACGCUGCACGGCGUGGUGGGCCAGAGCACGGUGUGCCUGAUGGGACACGAGAGGCGGCAGGCGCUGGGCCUCAUCGCCUCGCUGGCCGUGCGGGCGCUGGCCGAGCAGAACGCGUUGCCCAGCACCGCCAACGUCACCUGCUACUACCAGCCCGCGCCCUACGUCACCGCCGCCGCCGCCGCCACCGACCCGGCCUACGGCAACUACUACGUGGCACAGGUGCAGGCCGCCUACGCCCCGCACUACCCGCCGCACCACUCCACGCACUGGCUGCCUGGCACCUAGGAGGUUGGAGAAGAGAAGCGAUCGGCAAGAAACAUGGUGAUUUUUCUGCAGCAGACAGAGCUCUGUGUGGCACGUUCAAGGAGAAUGCCCCAGCGAGAAGACAGGAAUAAAGAAGAGGAGAGAGAGGAAGAGAAGAGGAGAGGAGAUGAGAAGAGGAGAGGAGAGGAGAGGAUAGGACAUAGCGAACGAAUGGGAGCAAACCGGAGAUGUCAUUAUCUCAUGAGAUUACUCCAAAGAGAGAGCUACUACUGUACGUACUUACAAGAGAAUCAUACAGUGUUUGUGUAAAUAGGUUUUCUUUCUUUAUGUUGUGUUUUUCGGACUUUUACAUGAAUACCUAAUUUUGCACUGACACACA